AUGAUAUCAAACCUGAUUGUAGUGCCGUGUCAUUCUGUAUGGGUGCAACAUAUCGCUAUUGAUGGUGAAGAAAACCUGGGACAAUCCCCAGAAUACUGGAUCCUGGCCAAUUUCCAACACGAAGGGAACGAUCAUUUGGCCUUCAUCAAGCAUGCGCUGAGAGCAUUGGAAGAGCUUCUACAAAAUUGGGACCGGUCUGUCCUUUUAUUCAGUGGAUCACAAACGAAAAGGGAGGUUGGUCCUGUUAGCGAAGCGCAGAGUUAUUUCUUUCUUCUGUGGAAAAUAAUCAAGUGGGCUGAAUGUCAAAAGAAAAUGCCUUCUGAAUUCGAUUCGCAGUUACUGCAACUGUUAGAAAGCGUAUGCAAUCUUAUGGCCAAACGGUCAAUCUCCAGCGACGAACUAUUCCAAUCGUCCAAGAUCAACACGGAGGAGUUUUCUCUGGAUUCGUUUGAUAACCUUCUGUUUUCUCUGUGCAGGUUUAAAGAAAUAACUAAUGCGUACCCUACACAUAUCACCAUUGUUGGUUUCGCCUUCAAACAGUUGCGGUUUUUGAAGUACCAUGCAGCUGCGAUAGACUACCCCUCUGACGACAUCACAUACAUCGGAAUAGAACCUUUGCCCCUUGGUUAUUCCGCAGAAAGAUUAUCAAAGUACUAUUCUGAUAUCCAGCGUAACGAGAACAAAAAUGCGUUGAACCUGUUUGAGAAUGACUGGUACGGCCAAAGAGAAGUCUUAUUGAAAAAGAAACAGUCGCGUAAUCCGUUCCAAAGAUACCCGGGAUACGAAACGUUGAAGUUGUUGCAUUGGGACAAGUUAUUGGCGCAUUCUGACGAGAGCCACUUCCGCGAGUUUAUUGCGGGGAGAAUGCCCUGGUCAAGGUAA